AUGGCAAACGAACAAUGGAAGGACGAUAUCUCAUACGCGAUGACUCCUUUCAAAUUGAUUUCUUGGCCUCUUGGCGUUUGGCCGUUGCAAGUCUAUAACUUUUAUUCGCUAUUACGCAGUAUCUUGAGUUUCUGUUUCUUGGUCCUAGUGUUGAUUUUACCUCUUAUUGAGUUAUGCAUGGGCUGUAAUAGCGCAGAGGAGAACGUAGACUGCAUCAUGUUAAGCUUUUGCGGAAUGCUUGGUAUACUAAAAAUAACAUGGUUCCGAAUUUAUGCUAACAACUUAAUCAGCAACUACAAAUCUGCUUUAAACGAUUAUCUGACGAUUGAGAAUGUAGAAGAACGUAUUAUUAUGCGAAAACAUGCUCUUGCAGCAAGAAUUGUUUCAUUUCCUAUGCUGAUAUUCGCUUAUUUUAUGUGUAUAAUAUAUACGAUAAUACCUUUUAUGAACUAUGGUGAUAAAAACCAAAAUAUAACAGACGAAAAAAUAUUGGAGUAUCCAUUACCAUCAAAAUGUACUAUGAAAUACUUUCAUGCUCCAAUAAGCAUGUACAAAAUAUUUGUCAUCAUUCAAGCAAUUUCAAUAGCAGUAAUGAUUAAUGCUAAUCAUGGUAACGAUGGGCUUUUUAUCAAUAUUACAUUACAUGUUUGUGGUCAAAUGAAAAUUUUAAGAGCCCGUUUUGCAAGCGUAGAUAUUACAUGUCCGCAAAUCUACGAUCGUUUCAACAAACUUUUACAGAGGCAUAUUAACUUGAUAAGAAUGAUCAGAAAACUCGCCGAUGUUAUUAGCUUUAUUUUAUUAACAGAACUUUUCGUCCUGAGCAUAUGUCUAUGCAUAAUGGGAUUUCAGUUUAUCAUAGCAUUAAAAGACAAAAAUAGUGUUAUGAUUGCACAAAGUUUGAUGGCACAAAUUAUUUGUUUGGUAAAGCUAUCAAUGUACAGUUUCAUUGGAAAUUAUCUACAGAUCCAAAUGGAAGAUAUAGGUUACUUUAUUUAUCAAAGUGCAUGGUAUGAAUUUCCUAUCAAAUUGUCGAAAAAUCUAGUUUUUAUUUUAAUGCAAACACAAGCUCCAGCCAUGUUUCAAGCUGGAAAUUUCAUUGAGGUAAAUUUGUCAACUUUAGUAAACAUUUUGAAGACUUCUUUUUCGUAUUUAUCUGUACUUCGUAUAAUGCUUGAUACAUAA